AUGGCAGGUGAUUGUGAGCAUGUCGGGGAACCGAUUGCCAUCGUGGGAAGCGCAUGCCGCUUUCCUGGUGAUGCAACCACACCCUCGAAGCUGUGGGAGCUGCUCAAAGCACCUCGAGAUGUUCUUAGCGAAAUUCCAGAAAGCCGAUUCAGCACCAAAGCAUUCUACCAUCCUGAUGGCCUUCACCACGGCACUACCAAUGUCCGACAUUCUUAUCUACUGUCUGAGGAUCACCGGUUGUUCGACGCUCAAUUCUUCGGCACCAAACCAGUGGAAGCGAACUCGAUUGAUCCACAACAAAGGCUAUUACUGGAGACUGUGUAUGAGGGCCUGGAGACGGCUGGUAUCCCUAUGGAGAAGCUGCACGGAUCCAACACUGGUGUCUAUGUUGGUCUGAUGACGAACGACUACGCCGACAUGCUAGGCCGGGAUGUGCAAAACUUUCCGACUUAUUUUGCAUCGGGAACUGCUCGGAGUAUUCUAUCCAAUCGUGUCUCAUACUUCUUUGACUGGCGCGGCCCUUCUAUGACCAUCGACACGGCGUGUUCUUCGAGUUUGAUCGCACUCCACCAAGCUGUACAGAGCCUCCGAAGUGGCGAGAGCAAUGUCGCUGUCGCAGCAGGAACCAACCUUCUUUUAGGACCCGAGCAGUACAUUGCAGAGAGCAAAUUGAAGAUGCUCUCCCCGACUGGCCGUUCGCGCAUGUGGGAUAAAGACGCAGACGGAUACGCGCGCGGUGACGGGAUUGCCGCCGUUAUACUCAAACCAUUGAGUGCAGCAUUGGCAGACGGCGAUCACAUCGAGUGCAUUGUGCGGGAGACAGGUGCCAAUCAAGAUGGUCGCACCAAGGGAAUCACGAUGCCCAACCCUGUGGCUCAGGCCGACCUGAUUAGGAACACUUACGCUCGAGCGGGACUUGACCUUUCCAAACCUGCCGACCGACCCCAAUACUUUGAAGCUCAUGGGACCGGAACUCCCGCUGGUGACCCAGUCGAAGCCGAGGCCAUCAGCACUGCCUUCUUUGGAGAAACAGCCAAUUAUCGCCGGAAAGACAAACAAGAAGAUCCCUUGUAUGUCGGGUCCAUCAAAACCGUAAUCGGCCACACUGAAGGCACGGCGGGAUUGGCGGCGGUCCUCAAAGCAUCGCUUGCGCUGCAAAAUGCCCUCAUCCCGCCGAAUCUUCUCCUUAAUGAGCUCAGUUCAACUGUCUUGCCCUUCUACAACGACCUCGAAAUUCUUCAGGUUGCCAAAAAAUGGCCCCAACUCUUGGAGAAUACCCCUCGCCGCGCUAGUGUCAAUAGCUUUGGAUUUGGUGGUGCUAAUGCGCAUGCAAUUCUGGAAGCAUUCGAUCAUACCCACCUUCGUGGCACAAGCAGGAGUGAUGAGGUAUCGGGCCAGGUUUUACCGUUCAACUUCUCUGCUUCUUCCGAAAAAUCACUUCUUGCCAACCUUGCAGCAUAUUCAGAGUAUCUACAGGGCCAUCCUGAUAUCGACCUUCGUGAUUUGUCCUGGACAUUGAACUGUCGACGUUCAACUCUGCCAGUACGAUUUUCCGUCUCCGCCUCAAGCUCUUCCGAGCUUGCUGCGAGGCUGGACGAGACAGUACAAUCUGGAGGGGUUACACCUAGCACUCAAACGGCAAGCGUCCGCGAGCCAAAACUUCUUGGAGUGUUCACGGGUCAAGGAGCCCAAUGGGCUCGCAUGGGUGCUGGGCUGCUCGAGAACUUACCGAUGGUAGCUGAAUGUAUCGCGCGUCUAGAUCGGUCUCUGCAGGAGUUACCCACAGAACAUCGGCCUACCUGGUCACUGAGAGAAGAACUCCUGAAAGAUAAGAGCUCAUCUCGCAUUGGAGAAGCGGCCUUCUCGCAACCUCUUUGUACCGCGAUUCAGAUUGCGCUGGUUCAACUUCUCCAAGUGGCGAAUCUGAAAUUCGCUGCCGUUGUUGGUCAUUCGUCCGGAGAGAUUGCAGCGGCGUAUGCUGCAGGAUACCUCAACGAAGAAGACGCAAUCCGGAUUGCCUACUACCGUGGAUGGUCUCUCCAGUUUGCAAACGACCAGGACGGACCGAAAGGGGCAAUGAUGGCCGCAGGAACGUCGUUCGAUGAUGCGAAGGAGCUUUGCGAGAUGCCAUCACUGGAGAACAGAAUUUGUGUGGCAGCCAGCAACUCAUCAGCCAGCGUCACACUCUCCGGGGACCUUGAUGCGAUCGAGGAGGCCAGGGAGAUUCUCGAAGACGAGAAGAAAUUUGCACGCCUGUUGAAAGUGGACAAAGCGUAUCACUCGCACCACAUGCUUUCCUGCGCAAAGCCCUAUAUCGCAGCGAUCCGCAAGUGCGGCAUAACGAUUCAACGUCCGCCGAGCGGCAGUGCAACCUGGAUCUCCAGUGUCUAUGGCGACAAAAUUGACAAUGUGAACGAUAACCUCACCGACACCUACUGGAGCAACAACAUGGUGAACCCUGUGCUAUUUUCUCAGGCCGUCACCUAUGCUGUCGGUGCAGUCGGACCGUUUGACAUGGCUUUGGAGGUUGGUCCUCAUCCGGCAUUGAAGGGACCGGCCAUGCAAACGAUACAAGAAGUGUCGGGCCAGGCAUUGCCCUACACCGGGACCUUGAACCGCGGUAAGAAUGACACUGAGGCUGUCUCGUCUGCUCUGGGUGGUUUGUGGAUCGCUUUGGGCGAGGGUGUCAUUGAUUUCGCCGGGUUCGAAAGGAAAGCAAUGCAAAACACUCGGGCCCCAAAGCUCAUCAAGGGCCUUCCUUCCUAUUCAUGGGACCACGACCGGGUGUACUGGCACGAAUCUCGGCUAUCCGCCGCCAUGCGCACUGAAAGGGAACCUUUCCAUUCCUUACUGGGCGUUAAAUGUCCGGAUGGCACAGACAAAGAGCUCCGCUGGCGCAACUAUCUUCAUCCAAGGGAAAUUCCGUGGCUGGCACAUCAUCAAGUUCAAGGUCAAAUGGUAUUCCCCGCCGCUGGAUAUAUAUCUGCGGCAGUCGAAGCUGUCCUUCAAAAGUAUGGCUUGAAAUCUGUGCAGCUGAUCGACUUCCACAAUGUGGUAAUCGGGCAAGCCUUGGUGCUCGAAGAGAACGCCGGGGUAGAAACGAUCUUCCGGCUUUCCAUUGAUCAAGUUCAGGGUGACCGUGUAUUGGCGUCGUUUGUCUGUAAUUCCGAUGCGAACAAGGGAUCGUCCAGCAUGUCUCUCCACGCAGCCGCCACUCUAGAGAUCAUUCUCGGCGAACCAGAACAUGAUACUCUUCCACCACACAAUCGGCCCCAGGGAUCAUUCUUAGAUUUGGAAACAGACCGAUUUUACAGCACGGUUUCUGAGCUUGGAUUUGGGUACACUGGUCCUUUCCAGGCCAUAUCUAAUCUGCGCAGGAAAAUGGAUGAGGCCACGGGUUUGAUUGCGAUUCCCGUUCCCCCCGAACACGAAACACCUUUGACAAUUCAUCCUGCCGCCCUGGAUGGAGCCAUUCAGUCCAUCAUGCUCGCGUACUCCUUCCCGGGAGAUGGGCGCCUACGCACCCUCUACCUCCCAACUCGAAUCGACAGGCUCCGCGUGAAUCCAAACGCGUGCGUCGCUCUUGGCGCCCCUGGCGCCGAUCUUCCAUUCUUCUCUGCCGUCACCGAUGCCCGAUUCGCCGAACUAUCUGGUGAUGUUGACAUAUUCUCCGCCGACGGCAGACACACUUUGGUCCAACUCGAGGGACUUCAUACAACACCGUUGAGUCCAUUGACCUCCGCCAACGAUGUUCCGUUCUUCAGCGAGGUGACAUGGGAUUCUGAUAGCCCCAACAGUCGAGUUCCAAAGGCUGGUACCGUGGAAAUACUCUCACAAGACAGCUCUCUUGCGCUGGACCUUGAGCGCGUCACCCACUUCUACUUCAAGAAACUGGAUGAAUCACUUCAAGAGUCAGAUCGUGCACAUGCUACUUGGAAUCAUAUUCACCUCCUGUCCUACAUUAAACAUUCUCUCUCGUCAGUUGCCAAUGGGAGUCAUAAAUAUGUGAAGCCGGAAUGGGCUCGUGACACAAUGCAUGAUAUUGCUCCAAUCUUGGAUCGUAACCCCUACAAUAUCGACAUUAAGGCAGUCCGUGCCGUUGGCGAGAAUCUGGGCGCUGUAAUUCGCGGAGAGAUGAAUCUGCUUGAGAUCUUGAUGCGUGAUAAUAUGCUGGCAGAAUUCUAUGCCAAGACACUUGGAAUAGAUACAUACUUGGAUGCUAUCGCUCAGACGGCGCGGCAGAUUAGCCAUCGAUACCCUCAUCUCAAUGUUCUGGAGAUUGGAGCCGGCGCUGGUGCUACCUCGGAACGAGUCCUCCGUGCAAUGGGAUCGUCGUUUACGUCAUAUACAUACACCGAUAUCGUGGAUUCGAUGUUUGACGAUGCACGCGAGAGGUUUGGGGAGUAUCAAUCCAGGAUGGUAUUCAAGUUGCUUGACAUCGAGAAGGAUACUAGAGAGCAGGGCUAUGAAGACGGUGCUUUUGACCUUAUCAUUGCUCCCCUGGCUCUCUACGCGACUAGAAAGCUGGAAGGGACACUUGCAAACGUUCGCCGACUUCUGAAGCCCGGCGGCUAUUUGGCCAUGCUCGAAGUCACUGACCCCGAUGUCAUGCGCUUCGGACUCGUUCUGGGUGGACUGCCAGGUUGGUGGUUAGGAUACGAGGAAGGAAGAACCUUGUCCCCCUGCGUAUCCGAAGAGAAAUGGGAGGGCAUCAUGCAAAAGGCCGGAUUUUCUGGUCUCGAUGCCUUGGUUCCCUCUUCCACCGUCUCGCAUCUGCCAUUUUCGGUUAUGGUCACUCAAGCAGUCGAUCACCGCAUCAACUUCCUUCGUGAUCCCCUAGCAUCCAAUCACCUACCGUUGAAAGUGGAUUCGUUGACAAUCAUAGGAGGAAAAACCUCCUUGACUGCUACACUUGUAGCUGAUAUCACGGCCGCGGUCCGUCACCACUACGGUAGUAUCUACACAGCCACAUCCUUGAGCGACCUUGUAUCGGCAGAGCUGCCAGUCAUGGGCUCGGUCAUUAGUUUGAUCGAAUUGGAUGAGCCUGUCCUGAAACACAUGUCCGCCGAGGAUCUGAAGUCAUUCCAAGAACUGUUCAAACGAAGCAAGAAUGUGUUGUGGUUGGGACACGGCGCUCAAGGGGACAAUCCAUACGGCAACAUGUUCACCGGAGUUCAACGCACACUGGCAAUGGAGAUGACUCACCUUCAUAUCCACUUCCUCAAUCUCCAUUCCCUCCAUGAGGCGGACGCCCAUAUUAUCGCAAAGAAGCUCCUUCAUGUCGAAGCCGCUGAAAUCUGGGACCAAAGCGGCCAACUCGAUGGGUUACUGUGGUCCAACGAGCUUGAGAUGCAGCUGGAAAAUGGCCAACUCAAGGUGCCUCGAUUCCGUCUUAACCGUGACCGAAAUGAUCGAUACAAUUCCUCGAGGCGCCUCAUUAUCAAAGAGGUUGAACGCUCUACAUCUGUUGUUGUCAUUCAACCGACAGAAAUUGGCUAUCAAAUCGAAGAGAAAGACCUCGGAGCCUCUCCGUCUUUCCCAGCGGACAUUUCAAUUGAUGUGACCCAUUCCCUGCUCCGUGCGGUCCGUAUCAAUGCAACCGAUAACGUUUUCUUGGUGGUCGGCAAGGAUGCACGGAGUGGUGAACGUUUGGUCGCACUGUCGCAUACUUUGGAAUCUCAAGUGCAUGUGCCGCAUAGCCAAGCGGUGCGGUGUGGAGACUCUGACGAGCUUGCUAUCCGGUCCAUGCUAACCCUAUAUUUCCAUCUCUUGGCUCUCUCCAUGUUACAACAGAUCCAGUCAGGCAAAGCUCUCGCUGUCUUAGACCCCGACUUCUCCCUCUCUCCCGUGCUUACAAAGUACGCAAAUGAGAAAAAUGUGCAGCUCGUGCUUUUGACAACAAAGGAAGGGCAUUAUUCAUGGCCAUGGAUCCGGAUACACCCGAAUUCCACUCGACGUGAAGUGCUUAGCCAGCUCCCUCGCAACAUUGCCCGCCUUGUCAAUAUGGGUGGUAGCAGUGAUAUUAUCUCUGUGCUCAAAACCUGCUUUUCAUCUGAUUGCCAGUUCGAAAGCGAAGCCACUUUGACUGCAAAAUCUUCUCGAUCUCAGUACACCUCGGAUAGGAGCCAAUUAGCGACACAUCUACAAAGCUCCUGGAUGAGAGCACAGUACGAUCUCAUGCCGGUCAACAUGCAAAAGUUUGUGCCAUUAGGACUUCAGGACCUGAUUCGCGCACUUAACCCGCUUCCUGGGCAGUCCCUCAUUGCAUGGGGUGAAUCAAAACUUGCUGUCCAAGUUCGCCCAGCCACCAAACAAGUCAAAUUUUCCAAAGACAAAACCUAUUGGCUCGUUGGGCUGACCGGUGGGCUCGGUUUGUCGCUAUGUCAAUGGAUGGCCAGACAGGGGGCUCGAUACAUCGCCCUAUCAAGUCGGAACCCAAAGAUUGACGAUCAGUGGCUACAAAGAAUGGCUUCUGAUGGUUGCACUGUUCGUGUCUUUUCUAAUGAUAUAACGAAUCGAGAAUCUGUUCAAGCGACCUAUCGAAACAUCGGUGAGACGAUGCCGCCUAUCGCUGGCGUCGCCCAAGGCGCCAUGGUUCUCCAGGACACAAUGUUCAUUGACUUGGACCUUCCUCGACUUGAGAAAGUUCUCCGCCCCAAAGUUGAAGGCAGUAUUUUGCUGGAUGAACUUUUCCCGGCCGAUACGUUGGACUUCAUGGUUUUCUUUUCAUCGAUGGCCGCCAUGACGGGCAAUCCGGGUCAGGUUGCCUAUAACGCCGCGAACAUGUUCAUGGCGAGCCUGGCAGCCCAACGCCGUAAUCGUGGCCUCGCUGGCCAUGCGAUAAACAUUGGCGCAAUUGUUGGCAACGGCUAUGUCACGCGCGAGCUGAACAUGGGCCAACAAUCAUAUCUUUAUCGAGUUGGACACUCGUGGAUGUCUGAGCAAGAUUUCCAUGAAGUGUUUGCCGAAGGUGUCCUAUCCUGCAGGGAUCGCAUCGGAAGUGCCGAGUUGUGUUGUGGACUCAGAAUUGAUGAUGAUGAGACAAAGAGCUGGGCCUCCAACCCAAUGUUUCAGCAUCUCAUUCAAAAGUCAAGCAAUCUUGUGGUUGCAGACAAGAAAGGGAAAUCAGGAGUGUUGAUCAAAACACGCCUAUUUGAGGCGACUUCAAAGAAGGAAGUGAUUGAGAUCUUGGAAGAUGGAUUUAUAUUGAAGCUUCAAUCAGCCCUCCAAGCUGAUCCCGCUAAGCCUAUGCUAGAUAUGAGUCCAGACGAGCUUGGUGUUGAUUCCUUGGUCGCGGUUGACCUUCGCUCAUGGUUCCUGAAGGAACUAGGAGUUGAUAUGCCGGUACUGAAAAUCUUCAAUGCUGCCUCGGUUCGUGAACUAUUAGCCACUGCUGCGGAGGCUCUACCUGAUAACCUGAUUCCAAAUUUGGUUGCUGGCGAACAAGAAGCAAAGCCAUGCAUUCCGCAAACUACCGACAUUGAGGUCACGACCAGUAGCCCGGCUGAGUUCGCAGGGAAUGGCACAGUGCUGGACGCAAAGGACAAUGUGGCAGAGUUUAAAUUCGCACUUCCCGAUGCCGCAAAUGCGUACAGUGGCAGUUCGGCGACUUCGCUGAUAACUGGGGACUCCAACUCCGAGGAUAAUGAAGACACUUCUUCAUCGAUUUCUACUGACGACGGUGACAUGUGCUCCACAAAACGUGAGAUACAGAGAACGAUGCUCAUGUCCUUUGGACAAUCUCGUUUUUGGUUUCUGAACCACAUGAUUGAGGAUAAAACUGCAUUCAACAUCACACCAACCUUUGAGUUAUCUGGCCGUCUGAGAGUUGAUGACUUCGCCAGGGCCAUAGAGAUUGCAGGUCAACACCAUGAAGCAUUACGUACGUUCUUCUUCACCGACAGUGAGCAAAACCACAUGCAAGGCGUUUGGACGAGGUCUACGUUGCGACUUGAGCACAUUGAAAUUUCAGAUGAGAGGGAAGUCGAAGAGGCCUCAAGGCAGAUGAAAUCGCAUGUAUUCAAGUUGUCUGACGGCGAGAUCAUGCGUGUGAGGCUGCUUUCUCUCAGUCCGGAAAAGCACUGGUUGAUUUUUGGUUUCCACCACAUCAACAUGGACGCGAUCAGCUGUGAAUCCUUUUUAUCAGAUGUUGAGCAAGCUUAUAAUGGUCAAGCCCUCUCCGCAGAUGUUCUUCAAUAUCCUGAUUUCACUAUGCGACAGAUUCGUGAAUACGAAGAGGGAGCCUGGGCCGGGAGUCUGACUUACUGGAGAGCACAACACCCAGACAUUCCACUCGCCCUACCUCUUCUUCCCUUUGCCCUGCAUUCCGUCCGCCCCAAAGUUGCUCAGUUCGGGUCUCAUACUACCCAAGUGACCCUUGACGUGGGUAUGUCGGAUGCAAUCGAAAGGUGCUGCAAAAUGUUCAAAUGCACACCGUUCCACUUCCAUCUGGCCAUCUGGCGGACGCUCCUCCUACGCUUCUUUGGUCUUGACAAUGUUUGCAUCGGCCUGGGAGAUGGGAAUCGUACGGAUGCUGACAUUCUUCGGAGCGUGGGCCUCUACCUAAAUCUCCUUCCGGUGAAUUUCUCUCAUCGGCCCGGUCAAUCAUUCGGUGAAUCUUUGAAGGAUGUUCGAAAUAUCACACAGGGUGCAUUUGCCAACUCGCGGGUGCCGUUUGAUGUAAUUCUGAAAGAACUCAACGUUCCACGUUCCGCAUCACACAAUCCUCUCUGUCAAGCAUUCUUCAACUAUCGACCUAAGAUCGAGAAGUCGCGAAUCCUUUGCGGCUGUGUCGCGGACGGGGCAUUACUGGGCGGUGGCGAAACAUCCUUUGAUCUUAGUCUGGAUCUUGGACGAGAGCUUCGUGAAGAAUGGCCUCUUACCGUAGUCCACCGCCUGGAUGAGGUCAUCUCCUGCUAUCCCAACCGUCUCGCAUUGAAGAAUGACGAUGGUACCUCUCUGACUUACAUUGAAGUCCAGCAAAGGAUAGGUGUGAUUGCGAACGAGCUUUCUAGAAACGGGGUUGGCGUUGGCACACGCGUUGGUGUGUUCCAGUCACCGAGUGCAGAUUGGAUAUGCUCUCUCGUGGCGAUCUGGCGUCUAGGCGGAGUGUAUAUUCCGCUUGACAAAAAGGUUGGUAUGAAGAGGCUAUCCAUGAUUAUGGAAGAAACAAAAGCUCUUGUGGUAUUGGUCGAUUCUAGCACCAUGUCCAGCUACGAAAAUCUGAAAAUCACGGCGACAUCUAUUGAUUGGGUCGACUGGUGUGCCCAAGGGAAUGAUGCUUUCCCAUUCAUCAUAUGCCCAUCACGUUCAUUCGGCUACUGCCACCUGGGGUUUCAAGCUAGGGGGGAGACCAUCAUGCAUCAAUCAUCAUAUGCGUGGGAUGCGUCUCUCUGGCAGAUCAUGGUCUCACUGUGCUGUGCUGCUACUCUUGUGGUUGCAUCUAACCAGGCUCGAGGAGACCCAGUCGCUCUUACAAGGCUCAUUGCAUCAGAAAAUGUGACAUGCACCCUUGCGACGCCUACAGAAUACCUUUCCUGGACCCGUCAUGGUCGCUCCGACCUUCGUAACUCUCGCAUGACAACAAUGAUCUGCGGUGGUGAAUUCAUGCCCGCUGCGCUGAUCGAAGAGAUACGAAGCCUUCAGCUCCCGGCCUUGAGACUUAUCAAUGCUUACGGUCCAGCGGAGAUCAGUGCUGCCUGCUCUGGUUCUGAGGUUCAAUACAACCUGGUUGACCUGACUUCCAAGUCCCUGCAACAACCUCUUUAUACUCUCCCAUACUACUCCGUUUAUAUUGUGGACGAGAACCUGGAUCCUCUUCCUAUAGGUGUUCCUGGUGAAGUGGUUGUCGGGGGUGCAGGUGUUGCCCAGGGCUAUCUUGAUGCCAUCAAGACUAGUCAGCGCUUUUUGCAUGACCGGUACGCGAGCAAAUUUUUCCAGGAGCAAGGCUGGACAAGAAUCUACAGGACUGGUGAUUUCGGAAAACUCAAUGGCGAUGGGGGUCUCAUCCUUCUUGGGCGCAUGGAUGGUGAUACUCAAAUAAAGUUGAGGGGCAUUCGGAUCAACCUCGAGGAAAUCGAGUCGGCCAUCGUCAGCUCUUCGGCUGGAGCAAUCACACAGGCCAUUGUAUCCGUCCGCUCAGAUACAGCCCAGGGGAGGGAUGAUAAAUUCCUGGUUGCCUUCGCUCUAAUGGCUACCACGGACAACUCUGAGAAUGUGCCUCGGCUUCUGAGCCGCCUGGUCCAAGAUCUGCCAUUGCCACAUCAUAUGCGACCGGCUGCUAUCAUUCCCAUUGAUCAAAUACCCCAGAAUACCUCGGGCAAGACAGACCGAGUUGCAGUCGACGCACUGCCAAUUCCAUUGAUCUCAUCGCAGGUGCCAGAUGAGGGGAGCCUCACGGCCUUUGAGCACACAUUGCGCCAGCUUUGGCAGCGAGCGCUACCGAGAGAGCUCACUAAAUUCCAUUCGAUCGAUUCCCAAUCCGACUUUUUCCACGUCGGUGGAACAUCCGUUGCUCUUGUCAGUCUACAAGCUCUGAUUAAGGAUCACCUGGAUGUGUCUAUGGCAUUGUACCAACUUUUUGAAGCAAGCACUCUGCGUGGAAUGGCAGCGAGUAUUCAAGACGCAUCUCGCCCGGCCAUCCAAAGCGACAUUGAUUGGAAUACAGAGGUUGAACUUGAAUCCGACCUACCUUCAAUGCUGAACCCCAGUGGUGCUCACAUUAUUCCUUCGGGUGUCAGAGUUGUGGCGCUUACCGGAGCUACCGGUUUCCUUGGCAAAGAGAUACUCCGAGGCCUGAUCCAAGACGAAAACGUCGUGGCCAUUCACUGUCUCGCUGUCAGGAAAGCAUCUUCGGAAUUGCCUGAAAUGUUUGCCCAUCCGAAAAUUCAUUUGCAUUCUGGCGAUCUGGGCGAUGCUCGAUUGGGACUUUCAGAAUCUGAUGCCGGAUCGAUAUUCUCCUGUGCGGACAUUGUUAUUCAUAAUGGUGCCGAUGUUUCAUUCAUGAAAACAUACCAAACCCUUAAACUGAUCAACGUUGCAUCAACGAAGGAACUUGUCAAACUCGCAUUGCCCCGGCGUAUUCCUUUCCAUUUUGUCUCGUCAGCUGGUGUUGCCCGUCUUGCCUCCCAAGAAAGCUUUGGGGAGGUGUCCAUUGCAUCAUACCCACCUCCGUCUUCUCCAACAGAUGGGUACAUUGCUGCCAAGUGGGUGAGCGAGGUGUAUCUUGAGCGCGUCAGCCACAAGUUUGGUCUCCCCGUAUGGAUCCAUCGCCCAUCUAGCAUUACUGGUGCCGAUGCACCGGACCUUGACCUCAUGGGUAACGUCAUUCGCUAUACCAAAGAGACGCUGAAAGUGCUAGACCCAACUUCCUGGUCUGGAGUUUUUGAUCUCAUUUCUGUGGAGUCGGUGGCCAGCCAACUCCUUGAAGCCGUUCACCAGUCUGGUAAAGCCGAGCUAGCUACAGACUCUGUGAGAUAUCUCUAUGAAUCUGGCGAGAUCACGAUUGGACGUGAUGAGAUCAUGCCUCUGAUGGAAUUGGGAACAGGCCAGGAAUUUCAGAUAGUGCCCCUCGAUGAGUGGGUUUCUCUGGCCGAACAAGCAGGGAUGAGUCGCUUGUUGGGAGAGUAUCUGCGCAGUGUUUCAGAUGGACAAGUUCUCCUCCCCAAGCUGAUCAAGAGUAACGCUGUUGCUGAGGAGUAA